GGGGUUUUCUGCUUACAUGCUCCUCUAUUUCCCAUGAUGAAUGUAUGCUACUUUACCCUGCAUCUAGGCGCAUGUUGCAGCAGGAAGCAGCAGCAGCAGCCUUUUCUGUGCGCUGCCAUCUUACCUACAUUAAUCACUGUCAUCCUUUCCCCCUCCACUCUUCAAGGUGCUUGCUUACCAUUGUUUCUGUACCCCUUGCUCUUACUUCUUGGUCUUUUCCCUUUCAGCCGCGGUUUGCCUCGCUGUUGUUACACACACCAUCCCCCCCUCCUCCGAGGCUUCCACCACCACCAACAUCACCACUAACGGGCAGAGGCUGGAAAACAUCUCAUCUUUACCCUCUUCGAAGGACUCGUGGAUUGAGAGCAAUGUGUUCUUAAUUGAAAUCGGCAUUGUAAUCGGCGUUGCUCGACUUUGUCCCGAUCAAAGUUGCCGUUCUUGGGGGGUGGGAUAGCAGCAGACAAGAUGAAGCUCCUCGCGACCCUCACGCUGGCCGCUGCUGCCGCCGCGGCCACCGGCACGAAUGCGGCCUUCAGACAGAGAUACGCCGCGGUCGACAUGUCGCCAGCCGUCGAGGGCGCCGGCCUCGUCCCGCGCUUCUUCAUCGACGCACCGCGGCUCGCUGUCCGCGACGGCGGUAUAUGUAACCCGAACUUCCAUUCCUGCGUCGACAUAGGCCACCCAGAAACCUGCUGCGCAAACACAAACUACUGCUACGUGAAACCCGACAACUCACCAUGGUGCUGCCCCCUCGGCUCCCUCUGCGACUCAAACUGCCCCGCGACAGCCUACCAAUGCCCAACAACAAUAACCGUAACCGCCACCGUCUCGCGGACCACGAACGCCGCCUCCGCCUCCGCCUCCGUCGUCCUCACAACCUCCCUCUCGACAUCCUCAGCCUGCUGCGGCCGCACCUGUCCCUCCCCCUCCGCCUUCCGCUGCGAAUCCCAAUUCGGCGGCGGCUGCUGCUCCUACGGCCAGACCUGCGUCUCCGGCGGCCGCUGCAUAAGCACGGUCUCGGCAUCUACGUCGGCUACUACCACGGGGGGACUGAAGCCCGCCGAUCCGGCGUGUACGGCCACCACGCAGCACGCGUGCGAAGACACGGCGGCGGGGUGCUGCGAUAAUCUCAUGCACUGCACCGUCGUCAGCGGGACGGCCGGGUGCGCGGCGGGGAACCCGACGGCGACGGGGGACGUGGGGUAUACCACCGUCCCCGAGAGCGGUAGCGGAGGGUUGUCGACGGGAGCGAAGGCGGGUAUCGGGGUCGGUGUUGCUGUGGUCGGGUGUGCUCUCGCCGGCGCGCUCGCGUGGUUUUGUUUCGUGAGGAGACGGCGGAGGGGGACUGUAACGGGGACGGCGACGAUGUCUGAGCGCAGCGGCGGCGGGCGCAGCAGAGGAACGGGAACGGGAGCAGGAAGAGGAGGAGUUUCUGGCGUCGGGAGCGAGAGGCCCAGUCGCGGGGUGCGGGCUUUAUCGGACGUCACGUCCGGGUCUCGACCGAACGGGCCCAGUCGCGGCGCGACGCAGGAUUACUUUGGUCCGGAUGCCGUUGCGGGGCCGUAUACCGAGACAGACGAGACCGGACUAUCUCCGGGCAAUGGUUCGGGAGCCGGGACCGGAGGCGGAGGGGGAAGGGCGGGGACGCCAGGUCGAGGACGGGGCGUGCCGCUCCAAGCGCAUUCGCCCAACGACGUUGUCGCACCCGUGGAGAUUGGGGACUCCGGGGGUGAGAAGAGAGGCUACGGGUACGGUUACGGUCACGGGUACGGCCACAGCGUGACUUCCGUGCCGGAGGAAGGGCGCGAAGGGGGCCCGCGGGAGAUGCAGACGCCCGGGUCCGAGGAGGAGACGACGCAGGGGCGGUACGAGUUGUACGGGUCCGAGAUGGCGUCGCCCGUGUCUGUCGGAGCGCCGCCCUCGUCGAUUGUGCCGACGCCGUCGAUGAUGACGCCGAGGAGCAUCGCGAGCGUGAGCAUGUUUGACCGGUCACCAGGUCCCGCUCCCUCCGAUAGGGAGAGGGAGAGAUAGGGAGGACUUGGGAGCAGCAGACGGAGUUCAAAGUAAGGUGUUUUCUAAUUUCGUCUCCAGUCUUUCUGAGACGACC